UGGUGCUCAGUCUGAGGUCCUCAGCUGUUCCGACCCAUCAACUUCACAUAGCAGGGCUCAGACCUGCCGUGCAUACAAUUACACCCAGAAAAUCAUGGAUACACAUCACAAAGACCUUCCCAAAUCUACGAGAGUUUGAGUCACAGAGGGAGCCGAGAAUCAGAGAAGAAAUUACAUGAAGAAAACAUCAGAGGGACUACAGACAGAGAUUGAAUCCUGAGUCCCUGAGUAGAGAGGAAACAUUUUGGUCAACUUCCUUCUUAGACUCAACCACACCGAACUAAUAAUACGACUCAUUACCAGCUGGUGAAGACUUCUGUGUGAUCUGUACAACUUUGAACUAAAGACUUUGGUGUAUUGACAAGUUUAGCAUUGCACCAUGGACCAGGAGGAUGACAAAAACUCUGUGGAUAUUCAUGACAAUCCUCCAGCUCCUGACAACGUAGUGAGGGAAGAUGGAGACACUGUCUAUUUCAUCUAUGAUGAGGAGGUGGAGGUAGAGGAGAAGGACCCAGAGCCUCCUCCAGAGCCUGUUAUUCGGAUCAAUGACAAACCCCACAAGUUUAAGGACCAUUACUGCAAGAAGCCCAAGUUCUGUGACGUCUGUGCUCGCAUGAUUGUUUUGAACAACAAAUUCUGUCUGAGGUGCAAGAACUGCAAGACCAACAUCCAUCAUUCGUGUCAGCACUACGUCGAUUUCCAGAAAUGCUUUGGAAAAAUUCCACCAGGCUUCAGACGGGCCUAUAGCUCCCCUCUGUACAGCAGUGACCAACCAGACCCAAACAACCCGAACCGGAACGACCCCGUCUUUGAUACCUUGAGGGUUGGUGUCAUCAUGGCCAACAAGGAGCGCAAAAAGAAUGAAAACGACAAAAAGAAUAUGAUGAUGAUGAUGGAAGAGGAGGAAGAAGAAAACCAACAACCCAAAGAAAACGAAGAGGGAGGAGAAGGGAAGCCUGAAGAUAAAAAAGAAAAAGGUGGAGACAAAGCAGAUGACAAGGCCAAAGGUACCUUCACUGGGUCCCACUACUACCUGGCUCUCUACCGCUUCAAAGCCAUCGAGAAAGACGACCUUGACUUUCACCCUGGUGAUAGGAUCAUAGUUCUGGACGAUUCCAAUGAAGAGUGGUGGCGGGGAAAGAUGGGAGAGAAGUCUGGCUACUUCCCUGCCGACUACCUCAUUAAAGUGCGCGCGUCUGAAAGGGUUUUCAAGGUGACCCGCUCCUUUGUGGGCAACAGAGAAAUGGGACAAAUUACACUCAAGAAGGAUCAGAUCGUAGUGAAGAAAGGAGAUGAGAAAGCUGGCUACCUGAAGGUCAGCACAGGACGCAAGCUGGGCUACUUCCCUGCAGAUCUUCUUCAGGAGAUCACCUUCACAUAAGGUGCAACAACAUGCAAGAAAAAAAAAAGAUCUACAAAAACAUUUAAGUUUUCUUUCAUUGUGUUUGCUGUGAUCUAUUUCUGUUGCUGACAUGCUGAUUAUUUGAACAACCUUUCAUUAUUUUCUUCGUCAGCAUUUUAGACUGUUGUGUUAAGAACAGACUUGCAUUUAAGCAUUGCCUGCUGAUAUUGUGUAAGCUCAGGUUUUAAUAACAAGUAGAAAAAUGGAACUACCUUUCUAGAGAUGAAGAAGCUAAUGCAGAGUACCAUUGUAGUUUUCAAUAAAUAAUAUAGGAGAUGAAGGUGUGUGCAUGGACAACCAGUAGAAGGUUGAAAAAGUAAAAAGUGGUGCUCAAAUUUGUUGUAAAUGUCUUCAUUUGUUACUGAUUAUCUAAGAACGCACUUUUCAGAUUUUAUGAACAUAAAAACACCUAAAAACUUAUUUGCUAAAGCAAGUUUUGGGCAAAGCCAAAUUCAACUUAACGCUUCAUUGUUUAUUUUGGAGUCUAAUGUUUUGACUGAAUGUGAUUUCCACAGGAACGUUCCUAAGGGAUUAAUAAAGCUCUGUGCAUCCUAAUCUAGACUCUGCAAGCUUAUUGAUGUACGUGGGACGAGAUCAAGACCGUUAAUUCAGUCAGAUCCAACAGUCGAGUUAUGGUAGUUACUGAAAAUUGAAUGCUGGUUCUGACAGAAAAAUGCAGUCCAUUGAAACUUGCUGAGUUUGGAGCUACAUCACUGUAAACCAGUCAGUGUGCCCAUGCUAGUGGUGAUGAGAAGAGAUUUACUAUGCAAAUAUUGCCAAGUCAAUAGGUGCUUUACUGAUCGACUCAUUGCAAAGAAAACUAAAUGCUGAUUUUGAAUCAAAAGUUCUUCAAGGGGUGCAACAUAGUGUUUUUAAUUUGUAUAUUUUUCAGUCAUUCUUUUGUUUGUUUUCAGUGGAAUUGUGAAAGACAUGUCAGAUUAAGACUAGAAAAAAAAAAAUCAAGCAGGGCAAGACCAAAGAUACUAAUUUCACAUGUAGUAAAACCCUAUAUAUUUUUUUCCCACUAUCAUUCAAUUAUUCUGUUGUAAUUUGUGAUUAACUGUCUAAAAUGUAGCUGUCAAACCUAAUGACUCUACCUUUUCUCUUAGCAAACUUUAAAAAGCUUUGUAUGUUAAAUAAAGUUUUGCCAUUUUGUG